GGCCAGUCACAGAUUUCCAUAGCCAACAGCUUUUUUGGAGCAGUCCCAGCUCAAAUACUUAUCUCACCUGAACACGCCACAUAUACGCCACCAGAUCCUCUUAGGACAAACAAUAUAUAGGAGAUUCUCAUCUGAUCAGUCUUUCUUGUCUCGUUUUGCGAGGAUCAUGACCUCCAGCUUCUCCACUUAUAGCUACUCUCAUAGGCAGCCCUCUUUCUCCAGCAUGUCCGUGCGGGACAGUGGGGUUCGGGGGCGGUCUAAAGUCCCCGUGUCCCUCUCUUCAGCCAGUACGCUGUCCCGGUCUCGAUCCAUCUCACUGGGAAACGGCCUAAACAUCCUCAGCAACCUCUCGCUGAAUGGUUUUGGCGUAGGUGCUAGCGAGAAGGAAACCAUGCAAGGUCUAAACGAUCGACUGGGCAGCUACCUGGAGAAGGUGCGCACACUGGAGAAGUCCAACGCCGACCUGGAGAUGAAGAUCAAACAGAUGAUGAUCAAUCGAACACCCAAGGGUCAUGACAUCGAGGGAAUGAUGGCUCAAGCGUAUGCAAUUGGACAAGAGGUGAGAAAGAAGACCUUGGAGAACGCACGUAUAAUGCUGGAGAUUGAUAACGCUAAGCUUGCAGCAGAUGAUUUUAGGGUCAAAUGGGAGGCAGAAGCCACUCUUUGUCAGUCAGUUGAGAGAGACUGCCACGCUUUGAGACGAGCUAAAUCUGAUCAUGAUCAGAUCAUCGCCACCCUCAGAGGAGACCUGGAAAGUCUGAAAGAAGAGCUCUAUUUCUUGAAGAAGAAUCAUGACGAGGAGAUGAGCGCACUGAUGACCCGUCUAGCCAACGAGCAAUUUAAUGUGGAGGUGGAUGCGGCACAGGGGCCAGACCUGGGAGCCAUCAUGGCAGAGCUGAGGGCACAGUAUGAGGGCAUUGCACGGAAGAACAAAGAGGACGCUGAGAUGUGGUACCUGAAGAAGCUGGAGACCGUGCAGUCUGAGGUGAAGGAGAGCAAUGAAGCUCUGCGAUGUGCUCAGAGCGAGCUGAAUGAAAGACGACGCUUCAUGCAGGCACUGGAGGUGGAGCUGGACAAUCUGCGGAAACAGGUCAGUGUUCUCGAGGGAAACCUUGGAGAGACGAAUCAGAAGUACACCGUUGAGAUCGAGCGACUCCAGGGCACGCUCACACAACUGGAGGAUGAACUCUCGCAACUGCGUCUGGACAUGCAAAGAAUCAAAACAGAUUAUGAGCAGUUACUGAGAAUCAAACAGAAUCUGGAGCUGGAAAUCGCCACUUACAGAAGACUGCUGGAUGGAGAGGAAGUAAUUAAAGAGAAGCCACCUCCUAAAAAAGAUCCUGAAGUCAGAACAAGAAAGAUUGUCAAGGUGGUAACCCAGACCAUGAUAAAUGGAAAGGUGGUGGAUGAAUCAAGUGAGGUGGAAGAGAUAGAAGACCGAAAAAAGUCUGAGUCUAUAAGGCGAGUCGCAAUAGAGCGGGUCAUUUAAGAAUAGCACAAUAGUGAAACAAAACGCAUACGAUUCUAGCUGGUGUCCUGAAUGAAGUACUAGUUUUACAGGCAGUAGAAAAAUGAUAUGUAGCUUCGCAUGGGGAUGUACACCUGUCGGGUCACAGUGUCCACGGUGGUGUGUGAGAGAACCGCGCCAAAGGACGAAAUCAAGACCUCCUCAUUUUGAGAACCGCCCUGACACAAAUGUGUAGUUUCAAAUGUCAUGCUUUUGUGAGGGUUUCUAAAUAAAACACCCAUCAUAGUUCUAGUAAACAAGUAACAAUUUAGAUGAGUAAUCUUUUACAUAGACAUCCCUCUCUGUAUCUUGCAUUUCAUUUGUAGACUUUGGGCUUAGAUACAUUCCAGUCUGAAGAGAAUUGUAACAUAUCUAAUGUUAUCGAAACAAAUCUAAUAUGAAGUAUCUAUCAGUAAGUACACAACAUUUUGCUUAAAGGCAUCUAUUGAAUCGCCUCGAUCUUUAGAAAACUGUAUAUUAACUCCUCAGGAAACCUUUGUACAGCUGAUGGAAAACCCAUAAGUCAUGUAAUACAAGGCUGCGACAAUAAGACACAAGUGCACCUAGUGUCUCCAAAUGUAUUGUUUAGUCUGCUAUAGCUGAGAGAUUUUGAAACAUUAGAUGCUGUUUGCUCUCUGAAACUGCAGAGUAGGUCUUCCUCAUCAUUGUCUGAUAACUGUUGCCGUUAUGAUUGUAACAAAUGCACACAUUACACACUACAGCCUACACUUUGGGCAAUAUAAUGGACAAUAAAAGUUACACAAGCCUCCAACAUACUGUACGUGUAAUAGGUGCCAACUCUGUGCCUUUGGCAGUUAAGGUGGGUUUCUUUGACAUUGCUCUUAAACACAUUUUCCUCUUCAAUACUACACUCCUAGGCCUCUUUAGUGUCUCAUUCAUUGAUAUUGACCCCGCUGAAAUAAUUUAGUAUAAUUAUGUUAGCCUUAAGGAUAUAAACAAGUGUUCUCCAAAACAUUUACAAAAUUACAUUUAAGUAAUAGGCAUUCAAAAGUCGUAUACUUCCACCUGGUGUCUUAAAAUCUAUAUAUUAGAGGAAGUGAACGACUCUUGAAUGCCUAUUACUAAGUGGUUAUAUAGAUAUUAAGACACCAAUUGUGUUAGUUACAUCUACUGGCCAGUUUUUAAUCAGAACAUAAAGUUAAUAAAAAUAAAUGUAUUUAAAAUCUAAUUCAAAGAAAUUGUAUCCGAUAUUGAAUUAACAAAGGUAAAGGCAAAAUCUUCCUGUGUUGAGAUCAUUCAGAGGGAGAGAAAAGACCUAAAAGAAGAUUUUUUAGCAUGUUUGCAUUUUUAUUACAACCGUUUAGCGCCGAUUGAGCGUUAAAGCCACACUCGUUUUAUACGUAUUUGGCUCCACAUAUUGUUGUGGGUGUAAUAUAGACGUGUAUUUUUAUAUAUUUCCAGACAACAACACCGUUUUAUACACGUUACAUAACAAUACUGCAGCUAACACAUCUUCUUUGGUCGGUGGACUCGACAAACAGACCUUAUGACAUCAUAGAAUAAUCCCCUGCAGCGAUAAUAGGUCCUCACUGACCCUUCCAGCUCAUUCGCAACGGAUCCAGUACAAGACAAGUAGUUAUCAUCUGACGGGUAGUAAGUCAUGUUUUUCAACACAUUGAGGUUGUUUGACAUUGCAACAAUGGAUUUCGCGAAAAUGCUUGACAAGUUCAGCUUGCGAGGCCACAGAUUUGAGAUGGAAAGACGACGAUCUAAGUCAUAUAUGGGAGGCCUUAAACCCGACAUCGCCUUAAGAGAAACGGCUCUCUUUCAACAACGAUGUGAGAGGUGGGCUCCAUAUCUGCAAACGCCGUCUUUAAAAUCAAAGCUUGAAGAAAUGCUUGCUUCAUCUGAGCUAACGUUAGCACAUAAAACGGUUAACGUUAAGCCGCGGGCACACUUCACUUUACGCGUACGUGUCCAUAUCACGCCUUAAACCCGAGGAAAAGCCCUGGAACAACAACGAUGUAUCAGUUGGUCCCCACAUCUUAGGUAUUCUGUAGGAAAGUAGGAGGUUGAAUAUUUG